CGCCUAGCCUUCCCGGCGGGGGCCGGCACCGAGCACCCCCUCCCCGCCGCCGCCGCCGACACAACUUCCUCCCCCGGCCCCGCACUGGGCAACUUUUCGGGCCGGUUCAUGUGCGGCGCCCCGAACCGGCAGAGUCCAGGCCCUGUUUACUUGGACAGCCGCAGAAGUUGGUGGCAGACAUUGAAUCUCAGACCUCCUAAGAGACUGACCACGUGUGUAUUUUUGGAUGCACCCUCGCUUGUGAGCAGCAGAAACCUUGAAAGAUGAGAAGAGGAAGCUUAAGCCCAGUUCAUGAGAUGCAAUGGUGAACUUUCAGCCUGGUUCCAGGAUGUGAAAUGCAGUAGAUGGUGCUGAAACAACACUGAGGCUCGUCCUGUGAAAUAUCCACAGUCCAGUGUGUAUAGAGAAAAUGCCUGCUGGCUCUGCCAAGUGUUGAUGAUCCUGUGUCUUGAAGAGAUGCAUUCCAGGACGAGGAAACACUGACUGUCUUGAGUAUAAACUUACAUAAGUUCUAAAAAUGGGAAGGAUUUUUUUGGACCACAUUGGUGGCACUCGCCUGUUCUCCUGUGCAAACUGCGACACAAUUCUGACCAACCGCUCAGAGCUCAUCUCCACCCGCUUUACAGGGGCCACAGGAAGGGCCUUUCUUUUUAACAAGGUGGUAAAUCUGCAGUACAGUGAAGUUCAGGACCGAGUCAUGCUCACUGGCCGCCACAUGGUUCGAGAUGUGAGCUGCAAGAACUGCAACAGCAAACUGGGCUGGAUCUAUGAGUUUGCCACUGAAGACAGCCAGCGCUACAAGGAGGGCCGCGUUAUCCUGGAAAGAGCCUUGGUCCGGGAGAGCGAAGGCUUCGAGGAGCAUGUUCCAUCCGACAAUUCCUGAAGAGGCUCCAGUCUCUUCUCAGGUUCUCUUCAAUUGAAACUCAAAUAUAAUAAAAUCAACAAAAAAAUCUGCUCACAUACACUGUCACCUUAGCAUCAGAGUCGGAUUCAUGGACUACMAAGUGGGAAAGAUUGUGAGAAUAUUUCAGAUGGAAUCUUCCUUUCUUUAUUCCUUUUAUAUUUUACUUUCCCUCCAGCAGCUGUUUGUAGAAAGAAUGUUGUGCAGAUGCUGUAACCUUUUCUCUCUUUCAUUUACAUCUGUUAGAUUUGAGAUUGUAUCUACAGAUACAGUGUGCUAAAAGGAAAAUAUUUGCGGGAUUUGUCUUUGGUUGGAGAGAAAUUCAAUGAGGUUUUUUUUUUAGUUUGCACAAACUGAUGUCAGCAUCAAUUUGUUUUAAAACUACCAUUGUUUUUUUAAAAGUAUAUUCCAACUUUUGGCUUAAAUUUUUAGUUAGUUUUUGGUUGUUAUUUUUUACCCAGCCUUUUCACCUGGUUUGCUAGCUAAAGUAAAGAGAUCCGAAAUUGUGCUGAGUGCUAAAGGUUCAGUGUUGGUACGGCUUGGGCUGGCCCAUGUGCCAUAUUCUUGUUGAGGUUGAUUGGUAGCACAGAGCYCAUUAUUUCUCGUCAUUCUUGACCCAAAGAUGUCACCAUUCCUUGUUUAUUUGUGAAGUCCCAUUCACCAUGUAAACUGGUGUUGAUUGGAAACUAUUCUUGAAAUAGGGCAAAACUGCUUGGCUUUUUUUAACUUUAACAGAUGUAACUUAUGAGCAUAGUAAUAAUAUAAAGUAAUAGCUGUCUGUUUAGUCUUGCAUUGCUUACAAAUCCAGCUGUGUUUGUAAUGAUAGGGAUCCACUGAGAAACUACUGUUUCAGUAGUAGUUUUUUUUUCGUUUCUCUACUAAUCUCAUUAAGUUAGGGAAUUGCAAAUCUUAAUUCUUCUUCUUAGCUUUCUUUAAACCCAGAACUUCCUAUGUUAAACACAGCUGCUGUGUAAAAGGAGAAGAUUGCCAGCAUGUUUGUUCAUGCCUAGAGUUAUGCAAUCUGCAUCUCUUGAAAAGAUUAACGUAAACAGCUUGUUUUCAAAUGCUGCUUCUGGUGUUGAAAUCUUUAUCUUUCAACUUUGUUGAACCUUUUCAUUGUGAUGUUACAUUUUUAUCUUUCUGGGCAGCAGUACAUGCCAGCCUAGUAGUAACUAUGACUUGGAUUCCUGCUUUGUUCUAGUAGAGGUCAGCUCUGUUUAAAACAGUGGUCAUGCUUGCCUUUUUUAGCAAAAAUGCUCUUCAUUAACUUAACUCAAGGGUGCCCAAACACUUUCAUUGUGUCUUAAGCCAUAAGUUAAGAUCUCAAGGGCUGAAAUUUAUUUGAAUGUUAGAUAUGUAUGAUUUCUUAUCCAAGAUAUGAGUUGGUUGUGGUUUGUUUUCUUAUUGGAUAAAUUGUGGUCAAGGUGAAGCAAGUUACCCACAGAUGUAGAAAAGGGGGGAACCCCACCCAACCAAACAGAUCUGGGUUCUGACCUUUCAGAAUAACUUUUCUUCUCUAGACACAGUUCCAUUUCUGAAACUGAAGAUGUGGACGGUGAAUAUGUAGAGUAUUUUUCUUAAUUUUUUUUGGUUGCCAAGUGGCAAUUUGGACACCCCUGACUUGAAUCUACUGCCUCUUCCAUGUAAAGGUAGCUUUGUUCUAGAAAUGUCACACAGAAAGAAAACAGAGUAGAUCACAUACCAGAGCUGUGCUUGAAUCAAGCUGCUUAAACAAUAGUGUACUUGUGCCUCAAAUGAAUCAGUUUUUGCACUGAGUACAGUAGUACCCCAUUAUCUUAUACUCUUGUUCUUCACAGACCCUGGAAGCGCCAUUAGCAUGGUUCUCUGCAGUACUUUUCUUGUACUUCUGACAUUACAGUACAAUAAAGUAUGUUUUGUCCUGAACUGAUGUUUGCUGUCCUUUUAGAGUUAUUUU